CCUGAGCAGAGAUUUUAAUGCUCUGUGAACCGGGCAGAGCAAUUCCUGCAAUUGUCUCAUACAAUUCUAUGUUUGACUGCCAUUUACAUUAUCCUCACAUACAGCAGAUCAGGGGAUCUUUUUGCAGAAGCUUCAGGACAACCUGCUGAACUGUUGAAAGAGCCCAAUAAGCAUUCCAACAUGUGGGUGCAAAGCCUGAUGGCCCUGGUCCUCCUGGCUACUUCUGCUUCAGCUGCUACCUCGGCUUCACCAAAGAAAGUCCUGAGCAAACACGCCACCAUCCUGGCUGACAACAGUGCAAAGUUUGCCUUCAGUCUCUACCAAAAAAUGGCUAAGGAAAAGGACGUAGAAAACAUCCUGAUCUCCCCUGUAGUGGUGGCCUCCUCUCUGGGUCUGGUUGCUCUUGGGGGCAAAGCCUCCACUGCCUCUCAGGCGAAAAACAUUCUGAAUGCGGCUAAAGUCAAAGAUGAUCAACUGCACUCUGGUCUGGCUGAGCUCCUGUCUGAGGUGAGUGACCCAAAAACCCGCAAUGUCACCUGGAAGAUCAGCAACCGUCUCUAUGGACCCAGCUCCGUCACCUUUGUGGAUGAGUUUGUCAAGAGCAGCCAGAAGCACUAUAACUGUGAUCACUCCAAGAUAAACUUCAGAGAUAAGAAGAGCGCCGUGAACUCCAUCAACGAGUGGGCGUCCAAGUCUACUGACGGCAAACUGUCCGAAGUUACCAAGGAUGUGGAGAAGGCUGAUGGGGCGAUGAUCAUCAAUGCUAUGUUUUUCAAACCUCAUUGGGACGAGCAAUUCCAUCAUAAAAUGGUGGACAACCGUGGAUUUGUGGUAUCCCGUGGCUACACUGUUUCAUUACAGAUGAUGCACCGCACCGGUCUCUAUGGCUUCCUUGAUGACAAAACGAAUAAGUUAUCCAUCCUGAGCAUACCUCUGGCUCAUAAGAAGUCCACUGUGGUGUUCUUUAUGCCCCACCAUGUGGAAUCUCUGGAAAGGCUGGAGAAGCUGCUGACCCAGAAGCAGCUGGAUAAGUGGAUGGGCGCGCUGAAGCAGACAGCAGUAGCUGUGUCUCUGCCCAAAGUCAGCAUGGAAGUCAGUCACAACCUGCAGAAACACCUCGGGGAGUUGGGCCUGACAGACGCUGUAAACAAAUCCAAAGCUGACUUUUCCAAAAUGUCUGGGAAGAAGGACCUCUACUUGUCCAGUGUGUUCCACGCCUCAGCCCUGGAAUGGGACACUGAUGGAAACGAAAUGGACACGAGCAUCUUCGGCACAGACAAGCUGAAAGACCCCAAACUGUUCUACGCAGACCACCCUUUCAUCUUCCUCGUGAAGGACGAGAGCACCAAGUCAAUCCUCUUCCUCGGCAGGAUGGUCCGGCCAAAGGGUGACAAGAUAAGAGAUGAAUUGUAACCAUAUAAAGUAAAGCUUAACGGUGUUUGUAUUUUUUGUCUAUGUUUUAUUUCGCACUAGAGCAUUCCUUCACAUUACAGGCCGCCAGCAUUCCACAACACACGGCUAAAGAGAUGUGUUUAAACAUUUCAUCCUGUAUUUAGUUAGCAAAGCUUUUUGCACACCUAUCCUUUUUAUCGUGAUGAGUAUUUCAUAUCACUAUGUCCCAUUUUAGUUUGCAUUGGCAGCACACAAUACGCACUGAAAACUUCAUUCAAUAGGAUCAUCAUGAUUAUUGCAUAAAAUGUAAAUGCAUUGGUAUUGUGCCAGCACAAAAAUUGUCUCAGUCUUAAUAUUUUUUUGUACAAGCUGUACAAUAAUCUUACUUUUGUAGAGCUGUGCGGUGUGAUCCAAAAAGUUUGUAAAGCACACUGCUUUUUUAUGUGUCAACUCCAAGGAUGUUCACAAUUUCUCGCACAUCCUUUGCAAUGCUUUCAACCAAAAGUUCUACAAUAUUUAUAUUUGACCAAGAGGCUGAAAUGCUAUUAUAAGGUUAUUGAUCCUCUCUGGAUGCACUCAUCUACACUGGUAAACAAACCAAAUUGUGACCAAUUUAAGACUUAUCUAUAAAACAAUGUUUCUGCAAAUGAUCUGACAAUUUCAAACUUGAAUGGUUUUACACUGUUACAAAUGUCCAGUUUUUGCAAUAAAAGUAUAUAUA